AUGGUGGACAAACAUUCAAAGUUGACUCAAAUAAGUGAAAAGAAUGGAUCUGUACCACUUAAAGUUGCUGCUGAUUACGUAACAGAUAGACAAGAGGAGAUGGUGAAUUAUCUUUGGUCAGUCACUACAAACGAGGAACCCAGUCCUUUCUCUGGUCCUGACGGCGCUUCUUUAUUGUGCUCCCUAAUUGAUGCCAAUCUUUACGAUACUGCCUUAUGUGUUGUCCAAAUGUAUCCAAGCUUGGCAACUGAAGAAAGUAAAAACAGCAAAGUUAGGGCAUUAGACAUGAUUGCAGGGAGGCCAUUUACAUUUCUCAGCGGAUGCAAGUUAACCUUAUGGGAGCGCUGGAUAUACUCUGUUAUUACAGUGGAUUUGCUGCCUCCUCCAGUUUGCCAGCUUCUGAAAGGGGACGUGGAGAACCCUGUAUUCUUGGAAAACUGCACAAAUAGAGGUGAAAAAAUAACAUGGUUCAGAGCAACCAUGAGAAAGUUCUACUCCGCUUUCCAGAAUUCCUUCGGUGGAGUCCCUGCUGGAAAAAGAAUGUACAAUAAAAAGAUGAUGCACAAAAGAGUAUCAACUUUAGUAAAAUGUAUCCUCACUAAUCUUAAACUUGGAGGACCAGACAGAGGCUUGAAGUUCUUUGAAGACUCUAAUGUCUUGAAGAUAGCUAUGAAAUCUGGGACAACUGAAUUUGUGGUGGAGUGCCUUAAAACUUUUCCUGACCUAAUUUGGUAUAAGACGGAGAACCAGAGAAUAUUGCAAAUUGCAAUAGAAGAAAGAAAUGACAAGAUAUUGAAUCUGAUAUGCGAGUUGAGUGGGGAUCACAAGGAUGAUUUAGUUUCUAGAAGAGAUGAGGAUGGUAACAAUAUCCUACAUUAUGCUGCCAAGUUAGCACCUUCUCAUCACCUUAAACAGGUAUCAGGUGCACCACUACAAAUGCAACGAGAGAUGCAAUGGUAUAAGGGAGUGGAGAAUCUUUUACCAGAAAAGUACAGGCUACUGAGCAACAAAGAUGGCAACACGGCUCAACAGAUAUUCACAGAGGAACACACGACCUUGGUGAAGGAAGCUAGGGACUGGAUGAAGGAUACAUCAAAUUCGUGCAUGAUUGAAACCACACUCAUCGCCACUGUAACUUUUGCUGCCGCCAUUACAGUACCGGGUGGUAAUAAUAGUGCUGAUAGUACAAAUGCUUUAUCUCUAUUCUCAUCCAUCACUUCUCUUCUUAUGUUCUUAUCCAUCUUAACUUCAAGGUAUGCGGAGGUAGAUUUCCUUAAACGGUUGCCUAGAAAGUUGAUCUUAGGUCUUGCAACUCUCUUCUUUUCUCUAGCUACCCUCAUGGUAGCCUUUGGGGCAGCCCUUUCUAUUUUACUUAGAAAAGAGUUAACAUGGGUAACAGUUCCUGUAUCGUUCUUUGCUUGUGUUCCAGUGUCUUCGUUUGUCUUCCAUCAGUUUCCACUGUUUUGGGAAAUAGUUCGUUCUACCUACGGGCCUAGAAUCUCUAAAAGGAGCAAACAACGGCCAGUCAAGCAGAAUAACAAGAAAAACGAAAAUGACUUGUUCACCGGGACAUUUUCCCGCGGUUAUCACCGAGUGAGAGAGUGA